AUGACUUCCGUUCUUGCUGUUGGAGCCGGCGCUGCCGUUGCAGCUUUCCUCAGGAGAACCGAUAAAACUGACGACUCUCCGCAGGGCCGAGCCGGACUUGUUGCGUGGCGCCGAUCUCGCGGCGGCGUGGGCGCGAUGGGCAAGGCCUUUUACAAGGGCGGUUUCGAGCCCCGCAUGAACAAGCGCGAGGCCUGUCUCAUCCUCUCUCUCCAGGAGAGCGGCGUCACUCGCGACAAGAUCCGCAAGGCACACCGUAACAUGAUGCUCCUUAACCACCCCGAUCGCGGUGGAAGCCCGUACCUGGCCACCAAGGUCAACGAAGCCAAGGAGCUCCUCGAGAAAACUACAUCCUGA